AUGGUAGUUUCGGAGGCGUUGCGAGAGCUCGCGUCGCUGGCGGGCGUGGACGUGCGGGCGGACGUGCACGAAGCGGUGUUGGAGCUGUGUCGAAGACGCGUCGUGCCCACGGCGACGGCGCAGGUGUUGCGCUCGCUCGCGUCCAAGGCGCAGGACGCGCGCGAUGCGGGAUUGCGAGAUGCGGUGCGGCAGCCGAGGUGA